AUGAUGUUCGACAUAUGGACGCAAAAAAAAACUCUUGACAAUUUGCAAUUACUUAUUGGUGGCCAAAUAUGCGCAAGGACUGUAAAGCAUAUGUUCGAAGCUGUCAUAAAUGCCAAAUUGUCAACCGACGUACUGUUAAUGCCUAUAGUCUUUUGCAGCAAUUUCCCGAUUCCAUCCACACCUUGGGAAAUUUUAUCUGCUGACCACAUAAUCUGUUUGCCAGAAACAAGAAAUGGAAAUACAAAUAUGCUUGUCCAAAUUGACCAUUCCACACGCUGUGUAAUUGCAACACCUUCUGCAUCUCUCGCCGCUCAUACAGUGACUGAUGCUCUGUAUCAUAAUAUAAUACUUAUAUAUGGACCGCCAAAUAUGUAUUUAUCAGAUGGAGGAACAGCAUUUACCGCACGUCACACUCAGCGGUUUCUUCAAAAAUAUGGAAUCACACAAUCAACGACACUACCUUAUUCACCACAAGCUAAUAGUAUCGUUGAACGAGCCAACGGCAUCAUUGUGUCCUCUUUGAAAAAAAAUGAUUGA